CAGCUGGUAUGGAUUUGGGACGAGCCUCGCUUCCUAUUUGGUGACAGAGGUCCGGUUUGGCGGAUUUGUCGCUCCGUGUUUGCCGUCGCUGCCGCAUUUCUGUCAAGGAAACCUAAUCUGUGCGGGACGGAGAGCAGGCGAGAAUUGGACGUCAUGGCUACUGCCCUGUCCGUGCUCCUCUUCCUCCAUAUUAUGACUGUUUCAGCACAGGAAUCGCCCUCUGACCAAGUCCUCCCUCAGAAACGCCCCCACCUCACAGGCUGUGUCUCCGCCAACAUGGAGACUUUCCGCUGCAGAUGGAAUGCUGGAACAUUCCUGAACCUCUCUGAGCCGGGCGAUCUCCGAUUAUUCUACAUCAAUAAAAAGCCCACCCACGUCUCCCCCAAGGAGUGGAGCGAGUGUCCUCACUACAGCACUGACAGGGCGGACGAGUGCUUCUUCAACGAGAACUACACAUCCAUCUGGACGUACUAUAGCGUCCAGCUCCGCUCCCGGGACCAGUCCGUCCUCUAUGAUGAGGACUUCUUCCAUGUUGAAGAGAUCGUGCGACCUGACCCCCCAGUCGGGCUCAACUGGACGCUGCUGAAUGUGAGUCUGACUGGGACUCACUUUGACAUCAUGGUGAGCUGGGUGCCACCGCAGUCUGCAGACGUGGAGACGGGGUGGAUGACGCUGCAGUACGAGGUUCAGUACCGGGAGGCCAGCUCAGCCCUGUGGAAAGUGGUCGACCUUCAGAAAAGUACACAGCGUUCACUUUAUGGGCUUCAAACUAACGUCAACCACGAGGUUCGGGUGCGGUGCAGAAUGCACGGCCUGAAACACUUUGGAGAGUUCAGCAACUCCGUUUUCAUCCACAUCCCCUCUAAAGUGUCGAGAUUCCCUGUUGCAGUUUUGCUCAUCUUUGCUGCUUUGUGUUUAGUGGGCAUCCUGAUGUUGGUUAUUGUCUCCCAGCAACAAAAGUUGAUGGUUAUUCUUUUGCCUCCUGUCCCUGGGCCUAAAAUAAGAGGAAUUGAUCCUGAACUCCUCAAGAAAGGCAAGUUGGGGGAGCUGACCUCUAUUCUGGGUGGCUAUCCCGAACUGAGACCAGAGCUAUACAACAGCGACCCCUGGGUGGAGUUCAUCGAUUUAGACAUCGAGGAGCAGACCUUGACAGACCUGGACACCGACUGCCUCGUGGACCGCUCCCUGUCCUCCAACUGCUCUCCCGUCUCCAUCGGCUUCAGAGACGACGAUUCAGGUCGCGCCAGCUGCUGUGACCCAGAUCUCCCCAGUGACCCUGAGGCAUCGCCCCUCCACCCGCUUCUCCCGAACCGCAGCAGCUCCAGUCCGGAUCCCUCGGACCCGGUCGCCUCAGAUCCCAGCUCCCCGGUACACAGCCCCACCACUGGGGAACCGCCCUUCGCUGUCCCUGGCAGAGAGGACCUGUACACCCAGGUGAGCGAGGUGAGGCCAUCUGGAGAAGUGCUGCUGGCACCUGAGGAACAGACUGAUGUGGAGAAGACCACGAGUAAAGACACAGAGAAAGAAACUGGAGUGGAAAAGGAGAAAGAAAACGCAAAGAAAGAGAUUCAGCUACUGGUAGUGAACGCAGAUCACGGAGGUUACACCUCGGAGCUGGACGCAGGGAAGCUGACCCCAAGAAUGUCCGCUGCAGAAAUGAGUGAAUCCUGCCAGAGAGAAGACUCGAGUUCUGUGCCAUCCCAAGCUUUUGUGGACUACCAGAGGCCGUAUCUUGAAUCAGAUAUGACCCCCGUUUCCCCACUUCCCCCUGCUCCUGUCUACACCAUGGUAGAAGGUGUGGACAGGCAGAACAGCCUCCUGCUGACACCAAACCCAACACCUGCCCCCCAGACGAUAAUACAGAAGGCCUUGCCUACACCAGGGGGUUAUCUGACCCCGGACCUUUUGGGAGACAUCACACCGUAGAUCACUGGGGAACUAUGGAUAGUUGGGAUUAUUCAGUGAAAGGCACAGAUAGGCUCGGGAACUCUCUUUGAAAGGAACUCCCGAGUUUCCUGACGUCAGUGCUGAGCGUCGGCACUGCUGAAAUAUCAGGAGACUAUCUGUGCCUGUCGUGCCAUCACCUCUCUACCUCCUGUAACUUCCACUUAAUGGGACUCUUAAGUCUACAGAGGUCAUUACAAGUGAAAAAAAGAGAGCGUAUGAGGGUGUUUUACUGAGGGUGUGCCAAAGGGAAAUAAUGCCAAGCAGGGCCAGAGAUUGCCUCUGUUAUUGGAUGUUGAGUAUAUACAUAUUUCAAACUGAAAAGCUCUAUGAAACACUACUUUUUAGAUAUAUAUCUGUCAAAUUACUUUGUCAAACAUUUGUACAUGUCAGAUAUGUCUCUUUUAAAACAGGUUAAGUCAUUACAAUCCUCUCCAAAAAUGCCUAUAAUUAAAGAUGAAACACAGGUCCUCCUUGUCAACAGCACAGUGAGGCUUUUCAUCAUCUUUCUAUUCCCUCUGAUACUUUAAAAAAUCCAUACUGAUGCAAGAAAACAGUUACUUUACCAAUAGGUAUUGCUUUUUUCUUAGCCCUGUUGUGGGUAUUUUUACAUUUUACUGUGAUUGCCGAUGCCUGGGUCUUUCUGCAAGGUAAAACAAAGCACGGGUGGCAUGUAAGAGGAUCAACUGGUGCAUAAGAGGCUUGUCCUACUUGGUGCCAUUUCAUACUCUGUCUUUAGAUUCAUGUUCUCUACUGUGAAAUGUUUCCAGUGCUGACAGCAAGUAUAUUUUGUAAUUUGCAGUGUUCAGGGGAAUUGGUGUAUGUGUGCUCUGUUAAUGUUUGGAGGGUGUGUGCGCGUGCUGUUCAAGCUUGCAGCAUUUAUUAGGCCUCAGGCCAACAAGUGCGUGAAAUGUACAUAAAAGAUGAGCUACGUGUUGAAUUUGUACAGUCAUUGUGUAUCGGUUCAAAACUGCAAGUGACAAAUAAACAACUUUCAUAUUUUG